CCUUCACGCUGGGACGGUGAGGCUGCCUCCUUUGCAAAGGAAUGUCGCUGCUUUAUCGCCGUCGGGAUGGAGCUCUGACAGAUGUUUUGAGAAAAAGAUGUCGGGGCUGCCAUUUCUGAUCUUACUAAAUAACCAUGAUGCUCAAAACAAGGUGGUAGUUGCUUCUAACUGGCAAGCGAGGACAUCUAGUCAGAUUCAAGAGCGCCCCUGCUAAAUUCAGUCAGUUUUUAGUGAUUUGGCAUCAUAUUUGCUGCUAAGCAUGGACCCAUAACUUCCUGAGCCAUCAGGAUACACUGUUACACUUUUCCUUCAGUUGCUUGUGACGAAUUGUCCGGAAAGUUCCUCUGAAAUAUCACGUGCUGCUGUUCAAGCCUGUGAAGUCUCAUCAAGAUGUUUUCAGCACUUAAGAAGCUGGUGGGAUCUGAGCCGGGGCAGCUCAGGGACAAGAACAUCCCAGCUGGCCUGCAGUCGAUGAACCAAAGUUUGCAGAGACGCUUUGCCAAAGGGGUCCAAUAUAAUAUGAAAAUAGUCAUCAGGGGAGAUAGAAACACUGGAAAGAGUACUUUAUGGCAUCGACUGCAGGGCAAGAAGUUUGUGGAGGAGUACCUACCCACUCAGGAGAUCCAAGCCACAAGUAUCCAUUGGAAUUACAAAACUACCGAUGAUGUGGUCAAGGUAGAGGUGUGGGACGUGGUUGACAAAGGCCAAAAAUAUCCUCUUCCUGAAGGUGUAGGCAAAGGCAAAAGACGCGGAGACAAUUUGAAACUGGAGAACGAGCCCCAAGAGUCAGAUGAGGUGGCUCUGGAUGCAGAGUUUCUGGAUGUGUACAAGAACUGUAAUGGAGUCAUCAUGAUGUUUGACAUUACCAAGCAGUGGACAUUUAACUACAUCCUGAGGGAACUGCCCAAAGUACCCACCCAUGUGCCAGUGUGUGUGUUGGGAAACCACAGAGACAUGGGCGAGCAUCGUGUCAUCCUCCCUGAUGAUAUAAGAGACCUGAUUGCUGGACUUAACAGACCAAUGGGAUCAUCUUACAUCCACUAUGCCGAGUCCUCAAUGAAGAAUGGUUUUGGCUUGAAAUAUCUGCACAGGUUUUUCAACAUCCCCUUCCUGCAGCUGCAGAGAGAGACGCUCCUAAGGCAGCUGGAGACCAACCAACUUGACAUGGAUGCCACCCUGGAGGAACUGUGUGUCCAGCAGGAGACUGAAGAUCAGAACUAUGAGAUUUUCCUGGAGAACCUGGAGUCUCGCAGUAAGGGCUAUGGCUCUCCUGGUCCAGCCAACGGGCAGAGUCCCUCCUCAGGCUCCCAGUCCCCCAUCGUUCCUCCCAGUGGGGCCUCCACAGGCAGCUCCAGCCCCAGCACCCCUCAGCCCCCCAUUCCCUCCCAGGUGCUCCCACAGUCGCCAUCUGUGUCAGCUUCUUCCCCUCCACCUCCCUCAACAGCAGUCAGUGUGGCAGCUUCACCCGCUGUUGAGGCGAAGCCAUCGGCUCAGUCACCUGAACACCUUCAGUCCUCAGCUGCAUCUGGGGCCUCAGCCCCCCAGAAACGCAGCUUCAUCUCCCGCUGGUUUGGUUCAUCUCCUGCUGCUGAGGCUAGUGCUUCUGCACCAGAGGGCUCACCUGCACCAGUGUGUCCUGCUAAGGUUCAGAGUGUGGAUGAUUUUGUGCCAGAUGAGGGACUGGAUAAAAGCUUCCUGGAGGACAGCCUGCCCUUGAAGACCAAGGUGCCCCAGCCUGCAGCAGCUCCUGCUGUAGACAGUGACAGUGAUGGUGAAGACAGAGGAAACCCCAUGGUGUCUGGUUUCCAGGAUGAGCUCGAUCCUGAUGACACUGAUCCCAGCCUUCCUCAACCUAAGACCCUGCCCCUCAGUAAAGAUAUCACUCUGACCAGUGAUGAGGAGGAGGGAGUACCAGCAGCCCCCACUAUCACACAUGACCAAGACCUGGACAGUGAACCUGAGCUGAAAGCGCCUGUGAUCCACGUCAUGAAACCAAAGGUUGCAUCUAAAGCUCCAGAGCCCAGAGGUCAGUCUGCAGCUCCCAUCUCCCUCACUUUAACUCCAGCAGCAGAGCAGCCGGCCAGACACCAAGGCAAGAAGAAGGGAAGCACGCCCAAAGCUGAGGACUCCGAUACAGACCCCGAGGCCCCUGUAGCUCAGCAGAUGCUCUCGUUUGUCAUGGAUGACCCCGACUUUGAGUCUGAAGCAUCAGACACACCAAAAAUAGCGAAGGAUGCAUUUCCAGUCAGAGAUGAGCUUCUGUCCGACCUCUCUGACAAUGACAUGCAGUUAGCCAAGGUACCAGAACCUCUGAAGCCCACUGUGAUCUCCUUCAAACACAAGGACGAUACCGACCUGUUCGGCCUCGGCAUUCAAGAUGAGGCUCCUGCAGCCAAAGACAGCAGUGAGGAGCAGGAAGAGAAAGAAAGCAAGCACUCCUCCAAAGAAAAGAAGAAAAAGAAGAAGAAAAGCAAAGAGGAAGACGAAAAGAGCAAGAAGAGACACAAACACAAGAAAAAGGAAAAGGAUGAAGCUGCAGCAGUGGAUGAGAAAGAGAAGAAGAAGAAAAAAUCCCGGACCAAGAAAACAGAAGUGGACGAGCUGGAGGACUUCCUGGGUGGAGGAGCAGGAUCGGUUAAAAGAGAUGACGGUGAUUAUGAGGAACUAUAAAAGCUCCUGUUUUAUUAGGAAAUGGAGCCGCAGAACAGCAGUGAAGCAUGUGGUCGUGACUUGUACAUGCAUAAAGCAGCAUCUCCAAGCCAUACGCAAUACACAAGGCUACUGACGACACCCAGGUAAAAUACCCAAGGACUCUGGUACCUGUGUGUUCCUUCUGAUUGAUUUCCCCAUCUGCACUACUGCUGUCACUUCCAUUCCAACCUGUAAGAAAUGGCGAGGAGACCCACAUGUACUGUUGUGAGAAGUGACGUUAAAGUUUGAUGAUCGAUGUAGCCACAAAUUGGCUCUUUGUACUUUGACAUGAUUCCAUAUGUUGGCUUAAUAUUUUCUUUGAUUUGAUACACUCUGCAAGCGAUCACUCCGAAUCAGCUUCUGUAAAUAGGGUUACCAUUUUGUCCGAAUGUUUGUUUGGUUGGUGUAAUAAUCGAGAGCAUGCUAAAAGUGAUGACCGACUCCUGACAGACUC